UCAGUACUGUACUCACAUACGCAUUUUACGUUUGCAUCAAAACAUGCAAUAUUUUCGAGUUUGUCUGCGCAUAGCGGCAGUGUUUAUGUUGUUGUCGAGAUAUCAUCCUUGAUUUUAAUUUUCUCAUUUGGUAAGCAUGUCUAAAACAACAGAUGAUUUAAUAACGGACGGAGCUUUAGCUCUUUUAGCCUUGAAAUCUGCACCUGCAAGUCCUGCAGCAUAUAGAAGUUGGGAUCGGAAUCAUGUGGGUCUGGAUCAGCCACCGAUUGCGAAGAUUUCGACACGCGGGGUGGAAGUCUUUAUGCGUCGGAAUGGGGAGCAACAUAGUCCGCAAUUAAUUAUUGGGCGACGCCAAUAUCCGGGUCCUGGUUUGUCCCUAGUGUCGAACCCUUCGCAUGGCGAUAUCGAGCCCGUAACUGUUGAUUUGGAAUUGGGCCAGAACAGCUAUGUUUCACGACAACAUCUCAAGAUCUAUUACGAAACAUUUGAAGAUAAAUUUUUCCUGCGCUGUCUGGGAAAGAACGGAAUACUGCUGGACGAUAUGUUGGUCCGCAGGAAUUCGGAACCAGUCGAAUUACCCGAUAAGUGUGUCAUGAGAUUCCCGAGCACCCAAAUAAAACUGCUGUUUGAAGCAAUUUUACGCAAGACACAAGAACGUGAAUCGGAACAUGAGAACUCUGUGGAAUCUUCGGUUACGCCCAGCGUAACACCGCAACCUACCGAUUUUCAUAUGGAUACAAGUGCUAAUGCAACUGGCAGCAAGUUUUUCAGUCCUUGUCCGUCACCCACGGGAACCAUGAGUGCGGUGAACUCUUGUCCGGCUAGUCCACGCAUGUCUAGUGGGGGAAGUUUCGGCAAUUCUGACAACGAUUUUCACAAACCCCCAUAUUCUUAUGCUCAGCUCAUCGUUCAAGCCAUCAGCUCGGUUCCGGAUCAUCAGAUGACAUUAAGUGGAAUCUACAGUUUUAUUCAGAAAAAUUAUCCCUAUUAUAGGACGGCUGAUCGUGGAUGGCAGAAUUCGAUACGGCACAAUCUAUCACUAAACCGUUACUUUUUGAAAGUCCCGAGGAAUCAUGACGAACCAGGCAAAGGAUCAUACUGGAAGAUAGAACCGCAGUCGGAGGGCAAGCUGAUAGAGCAGGCGUUCCGGAAACGCCGACACCGAACCAUUACGACUGUCCGUUCGCCGCAACCUUUUAGAUCCGCCCCACCCUCCCCGUUACACAGUUCGACAAAAGAGACAUCUCCUAACCGCGGUCACAGCGACAAUGACUACGGUUCAACGCCGAAUAGUCCUUCGCGAUCGGAGCCGGGGUCCAGUUCGAGCGUGAGCAUGCCAGCGACACCGUCCAAUACGGCAGGCGCCGGCAACAGCGCGAGCGCCUUUCUCUUCCCUUAUCCGGCAUUUGCCCAGUUUAAGCCUAGUCCCACGCUUCGUGGCUUCCCGGGCUUCUUCUUCGCCCAGACCGGCACACUACCGCCACAAGCCAGCUCGCCUGGUUACUUUGUCCCCAAUGUGGAGCAGUACCAGAUGCCUCCGCCACCGGCCAGUGCCUCUUCGUUUAAACGUCCUAGUCCCAUGAGUGACGAGGAAGAUAACCAUUCGAACGACGGAGGGGGAAAUUCAGGGCAUAACGGCAACAAAAAACCGAAAAUCGAUUCAGAAGAGGAAUCGGAUCACAGCAAUGAGGAGAGUGUUAAGAGUAUGGAUAGGGAAGAACGAAUGUCGCCGACGCCGACUAGCCAGCAGGUUUGAGGAAGCAUACUGGUGAGCGGAACGCGGUUCGUUGGUUGUUUUGGAAGAUUGGUUGUUUCAUCCUGUUUAGCCUAACUGUGAAAGGAAAGCUAGUGUGCCGACGGAAUGGAGAAAUUUUAGGAGAGAUUUUGUGCGUUUACGACACUUUUCUCUAGCUGUCAUUUAUGGUCUGAAAUAUCUGUUAGUACGGAAAUUUUGGUAAGAUAAGUAGAGAUGGUAGUAGGAAGUUAAAGAGUUUGGUUAUUGUUUAGGGUGGUUUUGUGUGCGUGUGCUUGACGGGUAUGUUCGAAUAGUAUUAAUAUCGCGCCAAGAUUUUUGUUUUGGUAUAGGUAUCUAUGAGUUAUAAUAGUUGUGCUGUUAGCGUUGAUUUCACUGCGACGAUAUAAUUAAAA